AAGCUUUUCUGAAUGCCAAUGGCGGUGUCCUCUUCCACUUCUACAUUAUAUACUGCUCAGAAGAGCUUUCCUAUACCAACUCCGAAAGAUGGUUCUGCAUUCCCAAACUCCAUGACCAUCAGGUUUUCACCAAAGCCGCGCAAGUUUUGCCUUAGAAGUUCGAGUAAUGAUGUUUCAGCAGCCGAGACUGCAUCUGCUGCUGAGAAUGAUGAAAGCUCCAUUGAAGUUCCGAAAGAAUCCUCUUCUCUGAUUUCUGCCCUCAAUGUCGAACGAGCUCUUCGUGGCAUACCAAUUACAGAUGUGAAUCACUAUGGCAGGCUCGGACUUCGACGAGGAUGCACAUCCGACCAGAUUGUAGCUGCAUAUAAAACCAAGCUUGACGAGCUAAAGAGCCAGGGAUUAGAGGAGGAUGAGCUGAACAAGAAAUUGGAACCUUUAAAAGAGUCCUUCAUAAUUUUAUCGUCCGCCGAUGAGAAAAGAUUAUAUGAUUGGAGCCUAGGCAGGAGUGCAAAUCCAGACACAUAUCUCUGGCCUUUUGAGGUUGAGACUACCAGAGCAACGCCGGAUACUCCCCCACCAGUAACGGAACCCGAAGACUUCGGUCCGACGAGAUUGGUGGGAUACUUCGGGUUGGGAUGGAUAAUAUUGUCCCUCGUAUUAUCCAUCGCCCUUAAUCGAGGAUAGAUUUAUUCUCUGUUGCAGCUUCACAUUUUCUUUGUACCUCUUGAAACACUUUGUGAAAGUCGGGCUAUGGGACAUGCAUUGUAUUGGUGAAGCAACUAAGUGCAUCAGUUUGGUGCAUUAAAAAGC